GUCUUUGGUAAAGCUAUCUUUGGAUUAUGAUGUGAAAAUUUGGAGGUCAAUUUAAAAACCACGUUUACAGUUAAGAUUAAAUUCCCAGUAUAAAAAUAUGUCAGAUGGACUAGUACGGUGCGUACAAGAUAAUGCUGCGGAAAGAUGAUCGACACGUAAGGUAGCUGCUGGAGCAGCUGGAGAUGCAACACGUGAAACAUUUUAAUUUACCACAUCCUCUCUCUGUCCAUCUGGAACCAGAAGAAGCAUUAAACAGUUCUGUGACAGUUGAGUUCUCUGUGGAGGAAAUACCUUCUAUGCGAGAUCCUAAAGUCAGCUGCUAUGAGAACAAUGGUUGCAUUGUAUUUGAAGGAUACUGCCCUAUUGGUGCACAAAUUCCUUUCAGUCAAUGUGGAAUAAGGAACACGAAAACUACCAAUAAGCAACAAGAAGAUAUAACCUGGUCAAAAAAAUCUGGACAAACCGAGGCACCCUACAAUCCUUUUGUGCUUUGGGAUGUCAUUCCAAGGCUGCUGAAUGAUGUAAUAAAUGGGGCUGGCUUGAAGGUACAAAGUAUGGAUGAUAAAAAGCAGACUUCGGCUGUUGGAAAUCUGCCAGUGAGUAGCACUUUGCAUGAUGAUCCGGACAGUGGGUUUCCAGUAAUGGGUGCUGGUCAACAAUGGAAUGAGACACCAAGUGUGAAUGAAGGGAACGAACCAAUCUAUGCUCAACGAGAUCGUCCUACUUUGAUAUUUCCUCGCAUCACUGGGCUAGAGAAUGGUGGUGAGUCAUCAGAUGAACUGAGCAUGUCAAAUGAUCCAUUUGAAAAGAAAGAAUGGCAAACUGUGGGGAAUAUUGUGAACCCAAACAAACCUGUUGGUACACCUGUCAUUAUUGACAACAUUCGUACCAGAUCCUCAGAAGCACUGUUAGAUGCAGCAGAUGUAGUAACACAGCGAAAGUGGGAAAGAAGACCAGCAUAUCGCGGAAAACUGAUGCCCGCCGUUCUGAAUCCGUGGGCUGCACCAGAGAACGCUAUAUCAAAGGAUGAUAGAGUGUCAACAGUGUUGUCAGCUUACACAAAAUCUGUACCUCUUCAACGUCGCCGCGAAGAAGACCCAAGUAAAAAAGACGCAGAUGCCGUGUCUGUUUCCAUAUCAGAGACUGAUACUGGAGACAUAGAGGUGGAUCUCAGUGAAGCAGAUGUUAAUAAUAUAAGUGGAAGCUCAGAAGAGGUCAUAAGCUAUGCAGAUGUUGCCUGUGGAACUGAUGGCCUACAAAGAGAUGCCAGCCAGUGUAUCCUUUGUGGCUCUCUACUUCAUCACAGACAUCAUGACCAGAGGACACAUUAUUCCAAGGAUGCACCUGCCAUAGCACAACCAUCAAGAGCAAUGGAGGAUGCAUCUACUCGCACUUCAGCUGCUGAAUACACACACAAGGCAAGGCACAAAAGCGUAAGAAGGGAAAGCACUGCACACCCUGUGACUAAUGAUGGAGGACAGGCACCAAGAGCAAUGACUGAUGCAUCUACUCAUAUUCCAAUUGCUGAGCACAUACAGGCGCCAAAAAUGAAAACCACCAGAAAGGAAGGCACAGCACAUCAUGCAACUAACAAUCGAGGACAGUCUUCAAGGGCACCAGUGGAUGUGUCUACUCAGGCAUUAGGUGCAGGACAUACACAGCAUUCCAAAGAGAAAACCAUGAGGCAAGAAGUGACUGCAUAUCCUGUGGCUAGCAGUCCAGGGCAGCUACCAAAAGCAAUGUUUGCUCCUUCUCAUGCAUCAACUGCUGAACAUAAACAACAUCCAAUAGAGAAACAUGCAAGAGAGGUAAUCACGGCACAUCCAGUGAUGACUUACCCAAGCAGACUUUCAGGAACAACAAUGGAUGCGGGUACUUCAACUGCAGCAGAGACACAAAACCCAGGAAUGAAUAAUAGUGAGAAGCCAAAAACAUUUGUAAAUGAUGAGAAUGUUGCUGUAUACCCAAUGAGCCGUGCAACAAGUUCCUUCUUUAGACGAAGUUCCAAAGCAAAUAAGGAUGACAAACCAAAUAAGGGUGACACGCAAUGUACAAUGCAGCAUAUAGUGUUCCCAAGGGACAACUGUCCUUACAGUCCAAGCCUAACAUCACUUCCUUUAGAUGAGUCAGACAUUGAGUACAUAAUAAGGCGAGCCCAGCUGGCCAAGGCAGUCCUCCCAGCGGACGAGUCACUCUGCCCGGUAGAGCGCUGGCAGCUGCGCACCCACCACAGGCACAGUUCCAGGUCUGGCCGCUCCCGGUCCUCGGGGUGAGGAACCCUCCAUUUCUGAUAGGCAAUGUAAUUUGCUUAUAAAUGUUGUACCAUAUUUUCUCUUUAAACAUCUGUAUUUGAAAUCGCUCUUGUCCUGCUAUUACAUAAAUACAUGAGGUGAUCCAGGUUCAUAUACUGAAACAGUAUGAUGUUUAUAUUCA